AUGUUCAAUUUGAUGGCAAGCUUCAUUACGAACGAGUUAAAUGUAGAAAAGUUACGGUGGCAUUAUAGUGAGAAAGGUCAUGGCAAGGGAGCUCCAGAUGGAGUAGGGGGAGUCUUAAAGCGCACAGCUGAUGCUAUGGUGGCUCGAGGAAUGGACAUAUCUAACCUACAAUCUUUUUUGUUCCAUUUGAAAGCAAACUGUAAAGGUCUCAUUCUCUCUGAAGUUCAGAUAGAUGAUGCAGAGCUUGACAAAAUUGAAAAGACGAUACCUAAAAUACUGCCACCGUAUACCGGAAUUUUACAGUGCCAUGAGGUUGUUUGGGUGAAACCACAUACGUUCCUAGAUAUUCGAAAGCUCACCUGUCUCAGCUGCUCUCCAUCCAAAGCACAACUUAUAUGCGACCAAGAUUUGAAAAUUAUCAGUAUGUUUGCCGGCUAUCCGGACUCUGUAUAUGAUGCUAAGUGUUUUACACCUUUGAAUGGCCAGUUCAGUUUGAUAUUUGGGGCUAACUUAGAUUUGGCAGAGUGUGAUCCUUCGCAGUUUAUACACGUUAUGGGGAGUUCACAAGGAUUACCUACAUGCAUUGCUUUGCCACAUACACAUAACUGUUCACUUGAGCACGCUGCAGCAGCGUGUCCGAAGCGUUGA